AUGGCAGGUCUGCAGCAGGGCUGUCACUCUGAAGGCCAGGACUGGACAGCACCACACUGGAAGACCUGCAUGCCCUGCCAGGGCCCAUGGAGACUCACUGUCAGUCAUCUGAGGACAGUCUCUUCCAUAUCAGUCCUCUCUGUGGUAUUUUGGGGUGUCCUACUGUCGACUGACUCCCUUUCCCUGCCAGCAUGGGCAAGAGAAACCUUCACCCUUGGGGUGCUGGGUCCCUGGGACUGCGACCCCAUCUUUGCCCAGGCCCUCCCCAGCAUGGCUACCCAGCUAGCUGUAGAUCGAGUCAAUCAGGAUGCCUCACUGCUGCUGGGAUCACAGUUGGAUUUCAAGGUCCUCCCCACAGGUUGUGAGACUCCUCGUGCCCUGGCCACAUUUGUGGCCCACAAGAACACAGUGGCUGCCUUUGUAGGCCCUGUCAAUCCUGGGUACUGUCCAGCAGCAGCCCUUCUGGCCCAAGGCUGGGGCAAGUCCCUCUUCUCCUGGGCCUGUGGCGCUCCAGAGGGAGGAGGUGACUUGGUGCCCACUUUGCCUUCUGCAGCCGAUGUGCUACUGUCUGUCAUGAGACACUUUGGCUGGGCUCGCUUGGCCAUUGUGUCCUCUCACCAGGACAUCUGGGUAGCCACAGCCCAGCAGCUGGCCACAGCUUUCAGGGCCCAAGGGCUGCCCAUUGGACUGGUGACCUCUUUGGGACCUGGAGAGAAGGGGGCCACAGAGGUUUGCAAGCAGCUCCACAGUGUUCACGGUUUGAAAAUUGUGGUUCUGUGCAUGCACUCGGCGCUGCUUGGAGGCCCGGAGCAGACCACCCUGCUACGCUUUGCGUGGGCCGAGGGCCUGGCCGACGGGAGGCUAGUCUUCCUGCCCUACGACACGCUGCUCUUUGCCCUGCCCUAUCGCAAUCAGUCCUACCUGGCCCUGGGCGGCCAUGGGCCCCUUCGAGAGGCCUACGACGCAGUACUUACUAUCAGUCUGGAGUCCAGUGCCGAGAGCCAAGCCUUCACUGCUACCAAGACAAGUGGAGGGGCAGCUGCCAACUUGGAGCCAGAGCAGGUGUCCCCACUCUUUGGAACUAUCUAUGAUGCCGUCAUCCUGUUGGCCCACGCCCUGAAACAAUCUGAGACCCCUGGAGCAGGGCUCUCGGGGGCUCACUUAGGGGACCACAUAAGAGCUCUCGAUGUGGCUGGUUUUAGCCAGAGAAUCCGGAUAGAUGGGAAAGGCAGAAGGCUAGCCCAAUAUGUCAUCCUGGACACAGAUGGCAAAGGAAGCCAGCUGGUUCCUACUCACAUUCUGGACACAAGCACAUGGCAGGUGCGGGCCCUGGGAAAGGCUAUACACUUUCCCGGAGGGAGCGCUCCAGCCCGCGAUGCCAGCUGCUGGUUCGACCCCAACACACUAUGUGUAAGAGGUGUGCAGCCCCUGGGCGGCCUCCUGACUCUGACGCUAGCCUGUGUCCUGGCACUGGUUGGUGGAUUCCUUGCUUACCUCCUCAGGUUAGGUCUCCAGCAGCUGCAGCUGUUGCGGGGCCCCCAUCGGGUCCUGCUGACAUCUCAGGAGCUCACCUUCCUCCAGCGGACCCCCAGCCGGCGGAGGCCACACGUGGACAGUGGUAGCGAGUCAAGAAGUGUGGUGGAUGGUGGGAGCCCAAGGUCGGUGACCCAGGGCUCAGCGAGGAGCCUGCCAGCCGUCCUGGAGCACAGCAGCGUGGCCUUGUACCAGGGAGAGUGGGUAUGGCUGAAGAAGUUUGAAGCCGGCGUGGCCCCUGAUCUGCGGCCAAGGAGCCUCAGCCUCCUGAGAAAGAUGCGGGAGAUGCAGCAUGAGAAUGUCACUGCCUUCCUGGGCCUCUUUGUGGGCCCUGGGGUUAGUGCAAUGGUGCUGGAGCACUGUGCCCGUGGCAGCCUGGAGGACCUGCUGCAGAAUGAGGACCUGAGGCUAGACUGGACCUUCAAGGCCUCCUUAUUGUUGGAUCUGAUCCGAGGUUUGCGGUAUCUGCACCAUCGGCGUUUCCCCCAUGGGCGCCUCAAGUCCAGGAACUGUGUGGUGGACACUCGCUUUGUGCUCAAGAUCACUGACCAUGGCUAUGCAGAGUUCCUGGAGUCUCAUUGUUCUUCCAGGCCCCAGCCAGCCCCAGAAGAGCUGCUGUGGACGGCUCCUGAGCUGCUGCGGGGGCCUGGGAAGGCCACCUUCAAAGCUGACGUUUUCAGCCUGGGCAUCAUCCUGCAGGAGGUACUGACCCGAGACUCACCCUACUGCUCUUGGGGACUCUCGGCAGAAGAGAUCAUCCGGAAGGUGGCAUCUCCUCCUCCUCUGUGCCGGCCACUGGUGUCCCCUGACCAGGGUCCCCUCGAGUGUAUCCAGUUGAUGCAGCUAUGCUGGGAGGAAGCAGCAGAUGACAGGCCAAGCUUGGACCAGAUCUACACACAGUUCAAAAGCAUCAACCAAGGCAAGAAGACAAGUGUUGCUGACUCCAUGCUGCGGAUGCUGGAGAUGUAUUCCCAAGGCCUGGAAGAUUUGGUUCAGGAGCGAACAGAGGAGCUAGAACUGGAGAGGCGGAAGACAGAGAGGCUGCUCUCACAGAUGCUCCCUCCGUCUGUCGCCCAUGCCCUUAAGAUGGGAUCAACUGUGGAGCCCGAGUACUUCGACCAGGUCACCAUCUAUUUCAGUGACAUCGUGGGCUUCACCACCAUCUCAGCCUUGAGUGAGCCCAUUGAGGUGGUGGGCCUCCUCAAUGAUCUCUACACGCUGUUUGAUGCUGUUCUAGACAGCCAUGAUGUGUAUAAGGUAGAGACCAUAGGGGACGCCUACAUGGUGGCAUCUGGGCUCCCUCGGCGCAAUGGAAAUCGGCAUGCUGCUGAGAUCGCCAACAUGGCCCUAGACAUUCUCAGCUAUGCAGGCAACUUCCGGAUGAGGCAUGCACCCGAUGUGCCCAUCUGUGUCAGGGCCGGUCUGCAUUCAGGGCCCUGUGUGGCAGGUGUUGUGGGUCUCACCAUGCCUCGGUACUGCCUCUUUGGGGACACCGUCAACACCGCCUCCAGGAUGGAAUCCACUGGGCUGCCGUACAGAAUCCAUGUCAGCCGAAGCACUGUCCAGGCCCUGCUCAGCCUUGACGAAGGCUACAACAUUGAUGUCAGAGGUCAGACUGAACUGAAGGGGAAGGGCUUAGAGGAGACCUACUGGCUGACAGGGAAGGUGGGAUUCUGCAGACCCCUGCCUACACCUCUGUCUGUCAAGCCUGGAGACCCUUGGCAGGACCGCAUAAACCAAGAGAUCCGGACCGGCUUUGCCAAAGCACGCCAGGGUCUGGCUGAGCCCAGGAGGUCAGGGGAGGCGGGGCCCGGUCCCUGACAGCAAGUCGGUGGGCAGGGGCCAAGGCAGCCAAGAUGCCCCACCACCCCUGCCCUGCUAGGAAUGUCAGUUCCCUGGCUGUCUGCCACCCAUGAUGAGCUGGUGUCUUCCCUAGGGACU